AUGCGUCCUAUGCUUCUUCAGCGUCAUCCCGAACACCUUCAGUAUCUUCACGUCACACAUCAAAUAGCAGUUUCUCACAAAGUGUCGGACCUGGACGACCAAGGUCAGCUUACGGCUCACGCCCACCCUCAUACAGUCAAUCUACAACAUCAAGACCAAAUACAUCUCAAUCCAAGGGUCGACCCAAUGCCUCGAAGGACUCAACAUCUUCAGAUGAUGACGCGUUUGAUGUACGUGGUCGCCUCGAAUCAAUGGAAGCAAUGUAUGCCAGGCUCGCGUCAACAGUCGAUGGCACAGGCAAAGAUCACGAUGCACUUAGAAAUGCAGUCAGUGAAUACAAAUCUAAACUCGACGAACUUGAAGGCCUCCGAACACACCUUUCGUCUUCCAACCAGACUCUCCAAGCUAACCUAG